AUGGAGAACUCAGCAGAUCAGGACGAAACUCGAGUACCAUCCAAAGAUGCCACUGUCAAUGAAGUGAUAGUCCCGUCACAAGUGCAGCCUCUUGAAGCGCAGCAGGAAUAUGAACGAUUGUUUGGCGUCGAUGAAGACGCCUAUGACCAACCCACCACAACUCGGAAAGAGCUCUGGUCUUACUAUCUCUACUAUAACGGUGACAAUGGCGUCGGUCCAGGCUCCUACAGCCAAGCCUUAUUCCAAUGGGCUCUGACAAAUGCCGGAUUCAUACCCGACACCAAUCCGCCCCAGCCCUGUACCGACUCCUCCGCCUGCGUGGUGCCCUGGGCGGGUGGUACACGAUCUACAUCCUCGGUCAUCUUAAUUGCCAACGGUCUCUGCUUUGCCUUCAUGACUGUCAUCUUUGUCUGGCUAGGUAGUGCUGCGGAUUACGGCUCUUUUGGACGAUGGCUUCUUUUAGCCCUGACGGUUGUCGCUUGGGCGCUACAAUAUGGCAUGCUUGCGAUCCGACAGCCUAGUCAAUGGCCCGCCGCCAUGGUUUUUCCUAGACUGGCGCGUUACAUGCCGCAUGUCCGAAAAGCUCGAGAUGAGCUCAGAGAAGGCAAGAUUAAUCAACAAGAAUAUGAUGCAAUCGAGUCUUUGGAGAGGAAUCAUAUCAGUAACAUUUCAACCGCGCAUAGCAAUAUUGGAUACCUCCUCACCUUGGUGCUAAAUCUAAGUGUUUUACUUCCAAUGCAGAAUAAUCAAUACUCAAACAAUCUUGCGCUCUGCCUGACAAAUUCAUAUUGGGUGGUUCUCGGAAUCUGGUGGUUCUUGUUUCAACAGAAGCGACCUGGUCCCACUGUUCCUAAAGGCUCGAACUAUGCCACUAUCGGCUUUAAGCAGAUUUGGCUUGCGAUGAGAGAGAUCAGAAGUCUCCCUCAAACAUUUUUAUACUUUGUGGCAUAUUUCCUGCUAGCAGACGGUCUCAACACAACAGGAACGCUUGUCUCAAUCAUCCAAAACGACUACGUAUCGUUCUCGUUUUUGCAAAUAACCUACCUUGGCAUCACGCAAGCUGUCUGUUCCAUAAGUUCAACAUUCGGAUUCUGGUACAUCCAGCGAUACUUCAAAAUCAAGACCAAAACCAUGUUCAUGAUAACCAAUUUCUUCAGCGUCUUCAUUCCAUUCUGGGGCAUGCUAGGAUUAUGGACUAACAGAAUUGGUUACCACCAUAGAUGGGAAUUCUACUUCUACAAUGUCGUCUUCGGCCUGUUUCAAGCGCCAUAUUACGCUUACGCCCAAACCAUGAUCAGCGAACUCAUGCCUCGGCGCUAUGACAAUAUGUUUUUUGCAUUGUUUGGAAUCACCAAUCGGGCAUCUUCAAUCAUUGGCCCCAACGUCAUUCAAGCUAUCAUCAAUAACACCCGCAACAACUGGAUGGGCUUUCCUUUCCUUUUUGCUGUUUGCACUGGUGCCAUGAUUGCAAUUGGAUUUGUGGACAUUGAAAAGGGUCGCGAAGAUUGCAGGAGGUUUACAGAGCAGCGGAAGGUAGACCGCGUUGUUGCGGAAGCCGGGUUGGACCCGAAUACCCACUUUAAGGGAAAGAGGGUGUCGGGUGUGAAUGAUGACACUGUAGAUGAAGUUCAAUAA